CUUAAAAAUGAGUGAUAACAGUUGUAGUCGAAGUGAUAGCUCAACAAAAUGAAGCUGACCAUAGGUUGUCUGUUUGUUAGUUUUGUGCUGUUUAACAGCUUGGAAAACGUCCAUGGUAAUUAUGCGUGUCCACCUGAGACGACGAAGUGUCCGCCUAUCACGACGAAAUGUCCACCAGCUAUAACGACGACAAAGUGUCCUCCAACCGGAACGACAAGGACUACAACUGGAACGACAGGGACUACAACUCGAACGACAAGAACUACACCUAGAACGACCACCAGAUGUCCACCGAAUACAACUAAAAGAACAACUAAAUGUCCUACGCCUAAGCCAACUAAACGUUCUACGACCAGGACAACUAGACGGACUAAGACCACUAAACGUAAGACAACUAAAAGAUCCACGACCACAAGAAGAAAAACGCCAAGGACAUCGACAAGGAAAACUACAAAAAGAACAACGAAGAAAGUAAAAACUACGAAGAAAGCUACACCGAAAACUACGAAGAAAACUACGCCAAGGACAACCAAGAGGAAUACUACGAAGAGAACAACACCGAGGACAACCAAGAGGAUUACGACGAAGAAAACUACCCGUAGACCAACCACAACUAUAAAGUGUACUACACCAAAACCGACCACAACUAGGACCACAACUAGAACCACAACUAGAACCACAACAAGGAGUACAACUACGCCUAGGCCAACCACAACUAUAAAGUGCACUACACCUAAGCCGACCACAACCAGAACCACAACUAGGACUACAACAAGAACCACAACUGGAACCACAAAAACAACACCUCCAUGCCCCACAACAACAACAACAAGGACCACAAAGGCAACCACAACACCUUCAUGUCCUCCAACAACAACAAGAAGGACCACAACUACCACAAAGGCAACAACAACACCUUCUUGUCCUCCAACAACAACAACAAGAAGCACAACUACCACAAAGGCAACCACAACACCUCCAUGCCCCACAACAACAAUAAGAAGGACCACAAAGGCAACCACAACACCUUCUUGUCCUCCAACAACAACUACACAGAGAACCACAACACCUCCUUGUAUAACCACAAAGAAAUCAACAACAACAUCAAGAAAACCAACAACAACAUCAAAGAAACCAACAACAACAUCAAGGAAACCAACAACAACAACCACAAGAAUGUCCACAACAACUGUGCGUCCUUGGCACCCAUGCGAGCUCUGCGGCCCUGGUGGCAAGACCUGUCCAGGUUGCCCCACUCAAGACAAUCUCUGCCGUGAGCUCAUCCAGCAGCUGAAUAAUCUUGAGAAGCGCAU